AUGGGCAAAACGGUGUCAAAACUCUCCAAAGAGGACCUCCGGUCGCUCAGACUGGCCACGUAUUUCGAUAAGCGUGAACUCCAGCAAUGGUACAAAGGUUUCUUGAGAGAUUGUCCGCUGGGUCAACUUUCCGAAGAAGAGUUUGCCAAAGUUUUCAAACAAUUUUUCCCAUUUGGAGACCCGGUGGAAUACUGUCAUUACUUGUUUCGGGUGUUCGAUGUGGACAAUUCCAAAUAUAUCGACUUUAAGGAGUUUAUAAUUGCAUUGAGUAUAACCAGUCGAGGGACGAUGGACCAGAAAAUGAACUGGAGUUUUAAAUUGUACGACCACCGCAAGACGGGAAAGAUAACUUACAAUGAUAUGCUAGAGGUGGUGGCUGCCACCUACAAAAUGAUAGGACCGAUGGUAUCGCUUCCUGAUGAUGAAAAAACCCCCGAUGCUCGCACCACCAAAUUCUUUACUCUUCUUGAUAAAAAUCCCGAAACUGAUACCAUCAAUCUCGAUGAAUUCAAGCGGUUGCUGAAACUCGAUCCUUCCAUAGCCAACUCCAUCAAUGCCUACGAGGGGUUGGUGUAA